AUGCAGGCGCGCUCCGAGGAGCAGGUGGCGGCGGCGCUGCUGGAGGCGGAGCGCGUGUGGCUCGUCCACCGCGGCGGCUUCUGCGCGGCGCGUCUCCUGGGCGACGACGCGUCCCCUGCGCCGCCCCUGGGCAAGCUCGCCCUCAAGCUCGAGCACAGCGGCGACGUCAUACACGUCGACGAGGACGACGUCGAGAAGGCGAACCCCAGUCAGUUCGACCGGUGCGAGGACCUGUC